GCGUCGCAUCCCGGAGCAUCCCCCGGGCAGGGACCGGUGACCUUGGCGAGCGCGGCCGCUGCCACGGCGAGUCCCCGGUGCUCUCCAACCCCUCUGGAGCUGAAGAUGGACGUGAAGAGGGUGAAGGACUACCUGUACUGGCUGUACUACCAGUACCAGCUGGUGACGUGCAGCUACGUGCUGGAGCCCUGGGAGCAGUCCAUGUUCCACACCAUCACCGUCACCGUGCUGGCCAUGGUGGUGUACACUGCCUACGUCUUCGUGCCCAUCCACGUCCGCCUGGCCUUGGAAUUCUUCUCCCAGAUUUUCGGGCCCCAGCCCGAGAGCGCGGGGCUGAACUGAGCCGGGGCCAGCAGGGCCCGGCAGCUCUCGCAGCUUUGUGAAAUGUUUGUGCUCCAGUUUGGCUCUUAGGAAAACCCUGCUUGCUUCACCUCCGGGGCUGGAGAGCAGAGCGAGGCACCGAGCACAGCCCCCCUUCCAUGAACACUCUGGGAAUGGCACAGGAUCCAAGGAUCCCGGCAGCUCCCACUCCCAGCAGCCUCAUCCAACCACUCUGGUGAGACUUUUGGUGGCUCAUCACACCCAAAGUUCUACCAGCACAGUGCCGUGGGCAGGCUAGAGGAGAUAGAAAAUGGGGAUAUCCCACAGGAUUGGAAUGCUCAUGUCUGGCUGAUUCCAGGCUUUCAUGGAUGGGAAAGGAACUUGGAAGAGAAAGCAACAGGAUGAUGAACUUAAAUCCAGCUUUUUUCACGUCCAAGUUUCUGCAUCAGAUGGUCUAAAAUAUUUUCUUUUUGAAAAAAAUAUUCUCCACCUCAUCUUGCAGUUUAGUGAGGAUGACAGGAAGAAGCAGCCCUGCUCUGUCUCGGUGCCCUCCUGCCUUCUCUGAUGAAAAUCAAAAUCUUUUCUUGCUGCUCCCACUCACCAGCACCAGGGGAAGAGGAUCCAGAGUGGAAAUAAUAUUUUAAUACCUGCAGGGAAGGCUUAAAGAGAUCUCCUUAACAAAGAAGAAAUUAGAUUUAUUACCAUUGCCCGUGGGGAGGUUUUGGAACAAUGGGAGGUUUGUUCGGUUUUCAUUCGACACAAAUCAAAGGUGGAUGCCAAAUCAUAAAUUACAGCUGCACACUGCACGUCUCUACCAGCUGAUGCUCCUGUUAGUAGAAGUGAGAGGUGCAAAAUGUAAAUAGCUUUCAAAUGAUGUUUGCACAGUUCUAGAUUAAAAAAAAAAAAAACAACAAAAAAAAAAACCUCUUAACUUCUUUCUCAAGCUGCAGUGGGCUCCUGCAUGCUUCAAAGCACAAGUUGGUUUGGAAACGAAGACAUGUGGUGAAGGUUGCCCAGAUCUGAACAUGUGUAUGCAGUUUUUUCAGCCAAAAGAAAUAAAAUUUUAUUCUUCAGAAAUGA